AAAGGCAAAAAUAAAACAGAGGGUUGACGGCUGGAGAGGUUGAAGUUCUGAGAGAGGGGCUGAGCGAGAGAGAAAAACCAGAGAGUGAGAGGGGAGAGGAAGGCUGAAAGUUGAUGAGAACUUGAGGGCUGAGAGCUGGGAGGUUGCAUAGCGGCUGGGCUAGGAUCUUAGAGGGAAGAGGUUUUUGUAACAACGGCAAAAGUGAGAGCUGACGAGAGAGAGCAGCAGCCGAAAGAGAGAAAUCGAGAGAGGAGCAUACGGGAAGAGAGAGAGUGAACAGCAAAAGAGAAAGGAGAGGUUUUUGACAGCUGCAACUUGGGCAAAAGAAAAAGAGAGAAAGCUACGAAGAGAGAAUGGGAGGUGACGGCUAAGCAGAGAAAGAAACUUGGAAAGAUAACGGCUGAGUGAGGAAAAUCUGAAGGCUUUUAACGGCUGGGGUUUGGUGAGUGGGCUGGAGAGGAAAACAGAAAAGAAACAAAGGGAGGACUUGACGGUUGAACAAAGAGAGGAGGAGCAAGGGGCCAAGGCUGAACGGAGGAACCUCACCACCACCUGAGGCUGUUCUUUGAAGAGAAAUCAUCACUGCAAUAGCAUUGUAAGUUUCCUUUCCCUUUCCUGCAGAUAAAUUGAACAUGAAGCUAUGCUUGAAUCGAUAAACGGGGUCAAGAGUCUUGGUGAUGAUUUACGAUUAUAGCUUAAAGGUGGUGCCUUUUGCUGGCAUGAUGUGCGAUGGGUAUGUUGUUUGUUUGGUGUGGAUUGUGCUUAGUCCCUAGGCUAUAGCUCAGUAACAAGACUCCAUCUUUGAAAAGAAAGGACAUUCGCAUGACCUGUACGUUUGAAUUAUUGAACAAGUUGUGAAGAAGAAUGGCAUGUUUUUGCUCUUUUAUUGUCUUGGUCUGUUCGGAUGUUAGAGCAGUGUCUUGGUUGUUACUGAAACUUUUUGUUUAGACUAAAAUCUGGGAUUCGUCGCUUAGCUGAUACACCAUAUGCAUACCCAAACUGGAAUUCUGAUUUUUGGGCCUGUGCUGAGAAAUGAUAGGAGAGUUAUAGCAGUUUUGUUCUUCCUUUUCUGCAUUUUUCCAGAAUUUUCGUAUAGUAUCUUUCAAAGUUUCUGGUCGAUGUUUUUCCUCAUUUCUUCGAUAGUUACUUGUAUGUUCGUUGUUUCUGUUUUAUUGUUCCCCUGGCUUGCGUAUGGUUGCAUUAAAGUCUAUCAUGGGUUUGUGUUUUCUGUUAUCCCAAUCGAAUUAGUUUCCAGCUCUUCUAAAUGCAUGAAACAAAAGUUCAUUCACUCAUUGUUUUAUGGUCUCCCGACAGCUCCUUGGUUUGAUAUAGUCAUAAGCAUCAUGUCGUAAUUGCUGAAGCACUGGCUGCUAUGGAUUCAUUUGCUGCAUUUUAUGUUCAGUUUUCUUAUUAGAAGGUUGAGGAGAUAAACUUUAGUCCGAAUCUAUGUUGUUUGAGCCAUGGGUCAGGUUCGGAUUGCAUUGAAAAUUCAUUCAGUUUUGUUUCAUGCUGGAUGCGCAUUUCCUUUCAUUUGUCUCCCCUGUCAGGGAUUCUUGCACAAGGAAAAUCGCAAAUGUUUAUCAUGAUGUUUCUUGCAUAUGAUUCUUUGAUCUUCAAAGGCUGAGUUUAUCAAGUGUGUUAGAGCUUAAAAAGGGUUUUGUUGGCUUAAUAUGAGGUAGAGUGUUUAAGUUUAGAAUUUUGGCGUUAGGAAAAUGCAGUGAGUUUCAUUUUAGUUAGUUGCAGAAAUUUCAGUUUUUUUUAACGUAUGCAUGCAUGUUAAUUCUGAAAAAUUGCACUUUUUACCCCCAAGUCCCUUUUUGUCUCACUGUGGCCCGAAUAAUUGGACAAACCAAUCAAAUUGGCCCCUUUAACUUCCUUGAUUGUUUCAAUUGAGUCUUUGUUGGUUCCAACUUGAUGAAUAUGAAUUGUUUAGUUUAUCUGAAUGAUUCACUUUCAUGCUUAUUCUCCAUUUUUUUAAUUUUCUUAAAUAAAGUGGUGCCUUGACCUUUUUAUUAUUUUGGAGGGUAAGUUAGUAAUUUCACUACGUUAGGGCGUCGCUUCAAGGGAGGUUCUCUCUUGCAGCAUUUAGUCCUCUGUUAAUUGUAGAAUGAAAAGCCAGUGGGAAAAUUCACUGAGAAAUGAUCAACUUAGGAUCUAUAAGCUGGAAGUGUUUAAGAACUGUUCAAGUCUCAUAUAGACAUUUUCAGAACAAAAAAGAGGACGGCAGGAGGAGAAUGUGCCGUACUUCCAUUCCAAGCAUUAGUAGUAGCAAGAUAUGCUGCAAUAACUCUUCCAAAAAAACAAGAUGACGCAAUAAUUUGACUAAUCACUCGAAAUGAUAUGCAAACACUUCUCUAACACUUCAAUCGCUCUUGACAGCAACUUACAUGAUUGCAUAAAAGGACAUAGCAUCGAACAGUAUAAAAUAGGAUCCAAGGAUUGGGUUGAAUGCCAAGAGAGAGAUCUUCACAGAAAAUUCGAGAAAAGGACAGUAAAGAUGAGAUAACUAUGAAUUUAAAUCAGCCAUCAUUUGCCAAAUAUGAUAGGUCUAGGCGUUACCAGAUGGUCUAAGGUCCUACUUAAUCUAUAUAGUAGACAAUUGUUAGAUGAACUAUAGAUGUAGGAUAUUCCUGUACUGUCUUUUAGAAUUAAUUCAAUAAUACAUUCCAACCUACAAUAGAGAAUGUUAAUUGAAUGCAUCACAAUUCGCUACAUUGAGAAAAAUAUAAUAAACGAUAUGGGCAGAUGGCAAAAUUUCAGAGUAUAAACACACGGUUCUCCCUGGUGGCCAAUUUCUCAAAAGUUUAGAUGUGUAAUUUCUUGAUAGCUUUUAUGACCAAGACAUUCUACUCAAUUGUUGGUCAUGAUUUCUGUAGCUAAACUUGAAUUGUAAAGAGUUCCUUGAAAUGUAUCACAACGUUUUUUCUUCUAUACUGAACCUAGAUAAGUGUCAUAGACUAGUCAUCUUAACUAUUUAGCAUCUUAGACUUAACGCACUGAUGCAUGAUAUUUAAUGGAUUCACUUUAAGUUUAUAGGAUAAAAUAACGAGAAUUUGGAUUCACUUGUAUAACAUUGACAGAAUUUGGAGGGUAUCUUCAUUGCAUAUAAAGGUAACAAAUAUCGGUCCAUGAUCAACGAUCAUAGUACCACUUCUUGUAAACCAUCGGAUGACAGCAAUCUUGUCUUGCAAGAUAAAAUUGAUUUUGAGAAUUUUAGGAGGCUUGCUGGAAACUCCCAUCACUAUAUUGUGAUAAUUUGUUCCAUCAUUAAUGAUGCAUCAAUUAUUAUUUGAUGAAGUACAAAGCAGCUGCAUCUUUAGAUGUAAUUGUUGCAAGAUGAGGAGAGUUCUACGUUAAUUUGGGAAGAUAGAUUAAGGAUGAACAUAGGAUUUUGAUAUUUGAGCAGGAAUGAUUACCAGAUAAAGAAGGGCAUUUUUGGGACAAAAAUAAAUCAAGGGUUCAAAAUGUCUUUUCAUUAUUUUUGGGUUGGAUGAUUCUGGUUGAAUUUGCUAGAAAUUGGUUUUCAUGUGGUGAUCUGCAAAAGAUGGAUAGUUGACGGCACUAGAUUGCUACAAUUAAAAGUUCGGGGUGCACACUGCAAUAUGGUGAUAGUUUGAGAGUGCAAAAUGUAAUUAAACCAAAAAAUAAUGAACACGUUCAAAAGUAAUAGACAAAUCCAAAACCAAAAAUCCAGUGCGUUUCUCAAGUCCUACUAAAAAAUUGAUCAUUGCCAUUAAGAAUUUUCUCCAUCAUUAGUUGUAAAACAAUUUAAGACUAAUUUUAAAGUAUGUAAAACUAAGUGAAUUCAAGAGAUGAAGUAGAGAAAGUUACUUGUAAAUAUAUAAGGGGAAUCCUAGAAUAUUUUGUAGGUUUUGUAUUAUUUCAUUAAGUAAAAAAGAAUAGUGGAGUGUCUAGAAUUUUUUUUGGAAUACUAAUUAUUUACCUAGAAAAAACUUUAUAAAUAGAUAAUUUAGUAAAUAUAUUUUAAAUUAAUUAUUCACAUGGCCCCAAGAAUUAGAGUUUGUAGAACCUCUGCUCAAAUUUCAUUCCAUCCUUGCUAGAGAAAAAAAAAAGGGUUAAUUACACACAUAUUAGGUAUGCCUUAAGCACUGAUUUGAUGACAUCUGAAUCUUCUCUGCUUGGAUGUGACCUGUAAACAGGCCUUAUGCGUAGAAAACACAGUUCACCAACCGUUAAAUUUGUUGGACCCCACCGCUUACAUAACACAUUACCUGUUACCACCUAAUCAGGUGAAAAGUAAAACCCCUUUUGUCUUCCUUCUUUUCCCCGCCACCCCAACCGCCCAGUCGCACCCAUUUCCUCCCUACUUUUCCCCAUUGUUUCCCCCAGAAAAGAAAGUAGAAGAAAAGUGAAGAAAAAAAGAGAAGAAAACUGAAAAUGGCGAUGAACGAUGAUACCAACAAUAAUGUUAACAAUGGUGAAGAUUUGAAAACUUGUGUAGUAUUGGGUGGCCGAGGGUUGAUAGGAAGAUCGUUGGUGACGAGGCUGUUGAAACUCGACAAUUGGAUCGUCCGAGUCGCCGAUUCAGAUUCCUCAAUCCAACUCGAUGAGUUGGACGAUGACUCGCCUCUCUCCCAGGCUCUCGCCUCCGGUCGGGCUUCAUAUUUCCAUGUGGACGUUAGAAACAAAGCCGAAGUUAUCCGAGCUAUUGAAGGUGCAGUGGUGGUAUUCUACGCUGAUACAUUGGAUUCUUGUACUCAUGAUUUCUAUUCUUCCUACACAAUCAUUGUUCAAGGUGCCAGGAAUGUAGUAAAUGCUUGUCAAGAGUGUAAAGUGAAACGAUUGAUCUACAACAGUCCUGCAGAUAUUGUUUUUGAAAUUGGAUGUGACAUAAAAGAAGGAGAUGAAUCCUUGCCAUAUGUCGGAAAAUUUGGCAGCAUGUUGACUGAUCUGAAGGCUCAAGCAGAAGCCAUGGUCUUACUUGCCAAUGAUAUUGAUGGCCUUUCAACAUGUGCAAUUCGAUCCAGCAAUGUCUUUGGACCUGGUGAUAAGCAGCUUGUGCCGUUGCUGGUUCAUAUGGCAAAAUCUGGAUGGUCUAAGUUUAUUGUAGGAACUGGGAAAAAUGUAUGUGAGUUUACCUAUGUGGAAAAUGUUGCCCAUGCCAAUGCCUGUGCAGAAGAGGCUCUAAGUUCAAGGAUGGUUUCUGUAUCUGGAAAGGUAUUUUUUAUCACAAAUCUUGAGCCCAUUAAGUUUUCGGACUUUGUGUCUGCCAUGCUGAAUGGCUUGGGUUACCAGAGGCCAGUGAUAACUCUUCCUGCUGUUGUGAUAAAAUAUCUCAUAUUUCUUGUAAAUCUGAUGCGUCUGAAAAUGGACUCCACAUCAGUCAACAGGGUUCUUGAAUUAAGUUCCUGCACUAGGACGUUGAACUGUUCUUCAGCGCAGAAAUAUAUUGGGUACUCGACAGUUGUUUCACUGCAAGAAGGGAUUACGUUAACUGUUGAAUCAUUCUCUCAUAUAGCCCAAGACUCAAUUACCAAAUAUGGUGAUUUUGCUGAACAAUCAAAAGCAAACAAACUUCUAGGAAAUGGGAAAGCUGCAGAUAUUUUGCUCUGGAGGGAUGAGAAGAAGUCUUUUACUUGUUUUCUUUCUUUGGUUCUCUUCUACUACUGGUUUUUCCUUUGUGGAAGAACUUUUAUCUCCUCUCUUUCUAAGCUUCUGCUGCUGAUUAUUGUUUCGCUGUCAUUGUAUGGUCGUCUGCCAUCAACUGUAUCUGGUGUCACAGUUCCAAGAGUUCCAUCAUCUUAUUUCGAGAUAUCAGAAGCAAGUAUGAGAAACACUUUCUCAGCAAUAGGAUACAUGUGGAAUUCUGGGUGCCAUUUGGUAGAGUCAUUGGCUCAGGGAGAAGAUUGGAAUGCUUUCAUCAUGAUAGUAGCUUUGCUGUAUUCUUUCAAGCUCAUUGCAUCUCAUUCCUUGAUUCUGGCAACUGGUAUUGCAUUGAUCCUUGCUUUCAAUGUAUUCUUCAUCUAUGAGCAAUAUGAGGAAGAAAUUGAUGGGGCCGUCACAUCUUUAUUAAUCCACACAAGGAAAGCUGGGGGCUGGUUGUUGAUGAAUCUGCCUAGCCCUAUGGUGUCGUUGCUUCCUGGCCGUGGGACAUCAUCAGAAAAACCGAGCUACACAUUCAAGGCCGAAUAAUAACAGCUCACUAGACCUCGGCGUGACUCACUUGCUUGAAUUUUCCAGGGUGGAUGUGUAAAUAGGUUAGAUUCCCAAUUUAAAGUAACCCUUUACUAAAUUGACAAAGUAGACAAGUGUCUGCAAACACCCAAGGCAAAAAGUUGUAGAAUGGGGAAAGAAGUUAUUUCUGAUGCUUUUACCUGGCUAUCUUCUUAAUGAAGAGCAGCAACACUAUAUUGGAUCGACUCUGUUCCGUCGCUUCAAACAAUAUAUUCUGAACUAAAGAUACUGUAGAGUAUUAUUAUUUGGUCCAAAAGAUCCAUAUGUAGGAAAGUAUGUAGAUGUUGAAACACGUUUUCAAACUUUCAAAGAUGUUUAUCUUCCAAAUCAGCAAA